AUGACGGAACUCUCAAAAUCAGCCUAUAACCAGGAACAGGUAGCUCUCUUCGAAGAGCUCAUCUGUCUCCCUACAAAGUACAGGCAAUGCAACAGGCCGGUUCGUAAUCUAGCUUAUCUCACCGCCCUCCACGUACACACCAUCUCAACCAUUCCUUAUGAGAAUCUGUCUUUGCACUACUCCGAAUCGCGGCUGGUUGAGCUAGACCCUCAGCUACUGUUUGAGAAGUUAGUCACAGGCGGUCGGGGCCGAGGUGGUUACUGCAUGGAAGUCAGUAUUCUGAUGAACCAUGUUCUGAGGACACUUGGGUUCCAGGCAUACAUGACUGGGGUUCGAAUCCGAUUGCGGAAGGAUGGUGUGCCUAGCGGUGACUACAUUGGCUAUACACACAUGGUCAGCCUUGUAGGCCUCCCAGACAAAACCCAGUACAUGAUUGAUGUAGCAUUUGGAGGUGACGGCGCCACCAAGCCACUCCCCUUGAAGCAUGAUCAAGUAUUACGAAAUCUUGGUACCCAAGAGGUCCGCUUAGUGCGUGGCCACAUUCCGAAUCAAGUUUUUCGAACAGAAGCUUCAAAGCUCUGGAUUUACCAGUACCGAAACGGACCAGCAAAGGAGUGGAACUCCUUUUACGCCUUCUCCGAGCAGGAAUUCUUGGAACCGGACUUCAAAGUCAUGAACUGGUACACAAGCACGUCACCUCACUCUUUCCAGAGAUUUUGCCCAUUAGUUGUUAAGUUUCUCAGAAAGAGGGAAACUCUCAACGAUGGGGCUAAAGAUGAUGGAGAGAUUGUCGGCAAGAGGAUGUUGGUGGGCUCUAUUCUGAAGGAGAACAUGGGAGGGAAGACUCGUGUGGUUAAAGACUGUCAAGACGAGAGCGACAGGGUCAAGGCGCUGGAGGAGUGGUUUGGGAUCCGUUUAACCACUGGAGAAAUGGCAGGUAUCAAAGGACAUUGGACAGAGAUUGGAAGGAAAACCGCGAAUUCGAGCGCUCCAUGA